UGGACGGAGAGUCGGAGGGGCCGAAGGUCUUGGGGCGGGGGAGUGGCGGUCUGGAAGCACUUGUUGUCCGGGUGAGGGGUGGGGAGGCAGGGCGCCCCCACGCUCGGGCCGGCAGGCCGCCGUUCGACCCCUGCGAAGGCAGAUAGCGUGGGUGUGGCCCUUAUCAGCCACUCAGCGGAACGCCCGGCGGGGUGAGGUCUCACGAUCUCCACCGCCUCCUUUUCUCUCGUUCCCUGCUUCUCGUCGACGAGUCCUGGCCCCUGCGCGGGGAUCUCACCGUUCCACUAACCCAUCCGCGCCAGCUGCCUUGGCUUCUCCCGAAGCAGCUUCCCAAUGGGCCGGACCGUGGUCGUGCUGGGCGGAGGCAUCAGCGGCUUGGCCGCCAGCUACCACCUGAGCCGGGCCCCGCGUCCCCCUAAGGUGGUCCUGGUGGAGGGCAGCGAGCGCCUGGGAGGCUGGAUCCGCUCAGUCCGAGGGCCGGGCGGUGCAGUCUUUGAACUUGGACCUCGGGGGAUUCGGCCGGCGGGAGCGCUGGGAGCCCGGACCCUGGUCAUGGUUUCCGAGCUUGGCUUGGACUCAGAAGUGUUGCCUGUCCGGGGAGACCACCCAGCUGCCCAGAACAGGUUCCUGUAUGUAGGCGGCGCUCUGCACGCCCUACCCACUGGCUUCAGGGGGCUCCUGCGCCCUUCACCCCCUUUCUCCAAACCUCUGUUUUGGGCUGGGCUAAGGGAGCUGAUCAAGCCCCGGGGCAAAGAGCCUGAUGAGACCGUGCACAGUUUUGUCCAGCGCCGUCUUGGACCUGAGGUGGCGUCUCUAGCCAUGGACAGCCUCUGCCGCGGAGUGUUUGCGGGCAACAGCCGUGAGCUCAGCAUCAGGUCCUGCUUUCCCAGCCUCUUCCAAGCUGAGCAGACCCAUCGUUCCAUUUUACUGGGGCUGCUGCUGGGGGCAGGGCAAAGUCCACCGCCAGACUCAGCACUCAUUCGCCAAGCCCGGGCUGAACGCUGGAGCCAGUGGUCACUCCGCGGUGGACUGGAGAUGUUGCCCCAGGCCCUCGACACCCACCUGACUAGUAGAGGGGUCCAGGUUCUCAGAGGCCGGCCAGUCUGUGGGCUCAGCCUCCAAGCAGGAGGGCGCUGGAAGGUAUCUCUCGGGGACAGCAGUCUGGAGGCUGACCACAUUAUUAGUGCCAUCCCAGCUCCAGCGCUGAGCAAGCUGCUGCCCGCUGAGGCUGCGCCUCUGGCUCGUGUCCUGAGCACCAUCACUGCCGUGUCAGUAGCAGUGGUGAACCUGCAGUAUCACGGAGCACAUCUGCCUGUGCAGGGAUUCGGACAUUUGGUGCCAUCCUCAGAAGACCCAGGGGUCCUGGGAAUCGUAUAUGACUCAGUUGCUUUCCCUGAGCAGGAUGGGACUCCCCCCGGCCUCCGAGUGACUGUGAUGCUGGGAGGUUCCUGGUUACAGACGCUAGAGGCCAGUGGCCGUGUCUUACCUCAGGAGCUGUUCCAACAGCAGGCACAGGAAGCAGCUGCCACACAGUUAGGGCUGAAGGAGCCACCGAGUCACUGCUUGGUUCAUCUGCUCAAGAACUGCAUCCCGCAGUAUACAGUAGGCCACUGGCAAAAACUGGAGUCAGCCAUGCAAUUCCUGGCUGCUCAGAGGCUGCCCCUGACGCUGGCCGGAGCCUCCUACGAGGGGGUUGCCGUCAAUGACUGCAUAGAGAGUGGGCGCCAGGCGGCAGCCAGUGUCCUGGGCACAGAACCUGACUCCCACUCAUGAAAAUAAAAGUUCCUGCAACUUAGCUUGGUCUGGCU